AACGGGUUGUGAUCAAGUAUCGCUUCAAACACUGUUCAAUACUAUCAACUAUUUACAAUGACAGGACGCGGUAAAGGAGGAAAAGGUCUUGGCAAGGGGGGAGCGAAGCGGCAUCGUAAGGUACUCCGUGAUAACAUUCAAGGUAUUACCAAACCGGCCAUUCGUCGUUUAGCCCGUCGGGGUGGUGUUAAACGUAUUUCUGGUCUUAUUUACGAAGAAACUCGAGGUGUACUGAAAGUGUUUUUGGAAAAUGUUAUCCGUGAUGCCGUCACUUAUACCGAACACGCCAAAAGGAAAACUGUAACUGCCAUGGACGUUGUGUACGCUCUAAAACGUCAAGGACGUACCCUGUACGGUUUUGGCGGAUGAUAUUUUAUUAUUAUAAUAAUAAAAUAAUAAAGUAAAAAUAAAAUUAUUAAUUUG